UGGUCAUCGCGCGUCUCCGUUGCUGCGAGGCUCUCGCGCUCAUCUUGUCAAAGAUUCACUCGUGGACAAUUAUGACCGAGAGCUCAACCGCUAAGUGGGCGAACGGCGACGCUUGUCACAGCACUACGAGCUGUAUAACCCCGGAGGGAAGCGGCUUUUUGAGACAUAACCACGAUUGUUACUUCCCGGAUGAUGAGAAGGUGCAACAUGGAACAUGCAACGGAGGAUUGUACAGUAGGCCUUUCAAGGAAUCAUUUGAGGAGACCCCUAUGUUGGUUGCAGUGUUCACCUACUUGGGCUAUGGCAUCCUCACCAUUUUUGGCUACUUGAGAGACUUUUUAAGAGAUUGGAAAAUAGAAAAAUGCCACAUUGCAAGAGAGAGGGAAGAACAGAAGGAUUUUGUCCCACUCUAUCAGGAUUUUGAGAACUUCUACACACGAAAUCUGUACAUGCGAAUCCGGGACAAUUGGAACCGGCCUAUCUGCAGCGUGCCAGGGGCAAAGGUGGACAUUGUGGAGCGCGUGUCCCACAAUUACAACUGGACCUUUGACUACACCGGAAAGGUGGUGAAAGAAGUCAUCAACAUGGGCUCCUACAACUACCUUGGCUUUGCGGAGAACACGGGACCGUGUGCAGAGGCAGCUGCUGAGGUGACCAUGAAGUAUGGAGUUGGUGUGAGCAGCACUAGGCAGGAGAUGGGUAACUGUAGCAGGCAUGAGGAGCUGGAGAAGCUGGUGGCCAGAUUCCUUGGAGUGGAGUCUGCUAUGGCCUUUGGCAUGGGAUUUGCAACCAAUUCCAUGAACAUUCCAGCUCUUGCUGGAAAGGGUUGCCUGAUCCUUAGCGAUGAGCUAAACCACGCCUCCUUGGUUCUGGGUGCUAGAUUGUCGGGCUCUACCAUUCGAGUGUUUAAGCACAAUAAUAUGCAGAGCCUGGAGAAACUCCUGAAGGAGGCUAUAGCUCAUGGUCAGCCUCGCUCACGUCGGCCUUGGAAGAAAAUCCUCAUCCUUGUGGAGGGUAUCUACAGCAUGGAGGGUUCCAUUGUGCGGCUGCCAGAGGUGAUUGCACUGAAAAAGAAGUACAAGGCCUACUUGUAUCUGGAUGAGGCGCACAGCAUCGGAGCUCUGGGACCCCGGGGCCGAGGUGUGGUUGAUUACUUUGGCCUGGAUCCCAACGAUGUUGAUGUCAUGAUGGGCACCUUCACCAAAAGCUUUGGUGCAGCUGGAGGUUACAUCGGUGGGAGGAAGGAGCUGAUGGACUACCUGCGCACGCAUUCCCACAGCGCUGUCUAUGCCACAUCCAUGUCACUCCCUGUGGUGGAGCAAAUAAUCACUUCUAUGAAGUGCAUCGUGGGGGAAGACGGAACAACCGUGGGGCGGGAUCGUGUUCAACAGUUGGCGGCAAACACAACGUACUUCCGCAAACAUCUGCAGGAUAUGGGCUUCAUUAUCUAUGGAAACCAUGACUCGCCAGUUGUUCCCUUGAUGCUCUAUAUGCCAGCUAAGAUUGGGGCUUUUGGCCGAGAGAUGUUGCAGAGAAACAUAGCCGUGGUAGUAGUGGGCUUCCCGGCCACUCCCAUCAUAGAGUCGCGUGCGCGCUUCUGCGUGUCUGCGGCCCACACCAAGGCCAUGCUCGACACUGCACUCGGUGCAAUCAGCGAGGUGGGCGACUUGCUGCAGCUGAAGUACUCGCGACACAGAAUAGUUCCCUCCUUGGACCGAGCCUUUGACGAGACCACUUAUGAGGAGACUGAGGAGUGAAUAUCUUCCCUGGGAACCCAGCCGCGGUCUGCUCAUCGGAAGCUCUCAACAGGGGCAUGGAACUUGAGGAAAAUUUUUUUUUUUUUUUUUUUUUUUUUUUUUUUUUAGUCUUUACUAUCUGAGGCUCAUGAUUGCACAAUAGUGUCCAGACUGGACGAGAAAUAGUUUUCACCAGAAAAGUUGCUUCUGUUUUUAACUUAUUGUGGCUUUCUGUCUUUUUUGAAAACACAUAGUUCACUAAUGAGAGAAAAAUUUGUGGACUGCUUGUGUAACAUUGUCUGCAGCUAUGUUAUGCUAUAUUUACAGCUUGGAACUUGGAAAAAAUGAGAGCUGUUUUAUGAAAAAACAACAAUUCUGCAACAUGUGAUGAGUAAAUAGGGAAUAAGUCUUUUUUUUUUUUUUUUUUUUUUUUUUUUUUUUUUU